AUGAUUGGUAAACCAGAGCAGAAGGUUUAUGGCCUAAGUUUCCCAACCAGGACCGCGAAAGAGAAACCGAAAACACUUGUCGAAUCGGUAUUUGCUGCUGAGUCAGACGAAGAGGCGGAUGCUGCACAGCUGAAACCACUGAAAGUUCAGUCCAGUACACAGUCGAGCCAUGCGAAGCUCCACAGAAAGACGAAAUCCGAUUAUGAGAAGGCAAUAGAAGAAGACCCUUCGGUGUUCCAGUAUGAUGAGAUCUACGACGAUAUACGUAGUGAGAAAGAUCGUCAGGUGAGCGACAUUUUGGGAGGAUCGAAAAAGGAGUCUAAAUACGUUGGUCGAUUAUUGAAGACGGCGGAAGAACGAAAGUUAGAACGUGAGCUAUGCCUCGAAAGAAAGGCUCAGAAAGAGAUUGAGGCUGAUGCUGAACAGUAUGGUGACAAGGAGGCAUUUGUCACUUCGGCUUACAAGGAGAAACUGAAGCAGCUUCGGGAGCUAGUCUCAAAGCGAGAAGAAGAACAGAUCCGCGAGGACUACAUGGAUAUUACGAAGCAGCAAGGAUUGGGUGGUUUCUAUCGAUACAUGUACCAGCAUGGAAUGAAAUCCGAAGAAACUGCAAGUUCUAGUAGUCAUGUGGAUAAUCAGGAGCGUGUGAAGCUUGAACAGAGCGAUGAAACCGAGAAACACAGAGCAUCUGGUGAGAAGCACGGAAGCUCAAAACAGGAUAAUGCAGCUUCCGAAUCAAGCAACCGUCCCAAUCGGUGCAGUCCCAAACCAAGGUCUUCAAGAGGUGAACGACCAGGAAUGUCUUCCAGAGAUUCUCAUCAUUCUUCACGUCGAUCUCCCACUGCGCGACAUGAAAGUAGUCGGCAGAGGGAAGGCGCUGAACGGGACCGGACACGCUCCCCAAAAAAGCCUCACUCCUCUGACAGACACGUCGACUCUGGCCAACCGCUUGACAAAAGCCAGGAAACAACCGCUCCAGAAACCGCGAGAUUUCCCGCAGAGUCGAAAAAUUCCCGACCAGCAGAUUCAAAAGGUGGUUCACAGCAAGUUCAACGCCAGACCGCCGACCCUAACUACAUUUACGCUCGACCGCGAGUCACCACUGACGCACAGUUGGAAGAAGCGCGACAACGGUACUUGGCUCGUAAGGCUGCCGGGAUACACCCCGUGAUAGUAGACUCCGAUAGUGAGGGUGGGAAACCUAAGGAAGAGGCCGAACCCCCCCCCCCGUCUAUCUCCCGUGUACAGUGCUCCUAUUAA